AUGGAUGAAGGUCAAGUUAUCAACAAAGCUCCAGGGUUUGAAGGUUCAAACUAUGAUUCUUGGAAAACUAGAAUGGAAGCCUUCUUAAUGUCUCAGUCCUAUGUUGUUUGGCAUGAUACCGUACAUAGUGUUGUAGUUCUUAAUCCUGAUAACCCCUCUACUGAAGAUAAAUUGGCUAUGGCUAAUGAUGCUAACAAUAGUGUUCUCUUCUGUGCCUUGAGGCAACAAAAGUUUACCAGGGUUAAAAAUUGUAAAACAGCCAAGGAAAUGUGGGAUUCUCUUCAGGCAAUGAUCAAUGACCGUAUCAACAAUAUGAGAGCUCUUGGUGAAGAUAUUAAGGAUGUUGAUGUUUGUAAGAAGAUAUUAAGGUCACUCACUUCUAGAUUCAAUCCUAAAGUGACAAUUCUCGAAGACAAAGAUCUUUCUAGAAUGAAGAUUGACGAGCUUCAGGCCUCUUUCACUGCCUAUGAAAUGAGAAUUGGUGUUCCAGUUGUUCAUAAACGAGAAGCUGCUCCUAAAGUAAAGGAAGUUAUUGAAAAAACUGAAACAAAGUCUAAAGAUGAUCUUGAAGAAGAUGAGGUAGCCAACCUUGCUAAGAAAUUCAAGAAGUUCAGGGGUAAAGUCAAAAAAAAGAAUGAGGGUGGUAACUACAAAGGAAGGUUUGGUAGAAAAGCACUUAUCUCAGAUUCGGAUGCAGCUCCUGAAGAAGAUAAAUUCGAGGAGACACAAGAAGAUGAAGGUCUCUGUAUGGCAAUUCUUAAAGCACCACAAACUUCAGUUCAAGUUGAAGAAGAUAGUAACACUGAGAUUGAGAAAAUUCUCGAAGAAUGUGAAGGGAUUGCAGUGAAGUGUAAUCAACAGAAAUCCCAGAUAAAAAUGCACAAUUUAGAAUUGUUAGAGUCCAAACAAAUUCUCACUAAACAUUUCAAACUUAAACUUUCAAUGUUGUGUUCAGUUUCUCCUACUUUUCAAAGCCUAUUGAAAUCUCAAGUCAACACUCAGUGGUCUACCUUCAACAGGAGAGACUUUGGUACCUCGGCUAUAAGGAACUUCAAGAUAACUAGAAUGUAUGUCAAGAAGUCAGACUUAGCUUCUGCUCAGAAGGUCAAGGACAAAGGAUCAUUGGUGAAGACGAAAAUGAUGUGGAUUCCUAAGAAGCUGAACUCUGUGAGUCUUCUUGUGUAUACAGCUUUUAAAGCUUGUAAUAUUCAAGACAAAUGGUAUGUUGAUAGUGGCUGCUCAAGACACAUGACAGGUGAUGGUUCCAAAUUUAAUUCUUUAAAGCAGUUUGAUGGUGGAAAUGUUAUCUUUGGAGAUAAUCAAAGAGCUAAGAUUGUUAGAAUUGGUACUGUGAGUAAGUCUGAAGAAUUGCCAGAAAUUCAAGAAGUUCUAUUGGUUGAAAGACUCAAACAUAAUCUCCUCAACGUUAGUCAAUUGUGUGACAAUGGGAAGGAAGUCUAUUUCAAUAAAGAAAGAUGCAAUGUGAUUGAUCUUGAAUUAAAACAAGUUUUGUUCUCAGCUAAUAGAUCUUCAGGAAAUGUGCACACAGUCACUGAAGCAAGUCAGGUCACUCAAUGUAAUUUAACAACCUGUGAUGAAGCAAAGUUGUGGCACAAGAGGUUAAGUCAUCUUCACUUAAGAAAUAUGUCCAAGAUUCUAAAACUGAAAGCUGUUAAAGGAUUGCCUAACAUCAGUUUUAAGGAUGAUCACCUUUGUAAAGCAUGUCAACAAGGAAAGCAAACCAAAGUGUCAUUUCCUUCUAAGGAAAUCAACACCUCAACAAGCGAUGUUGCUUAG